CUCCCCUUCCCCCUCGCUUGCUCCAUUGCGCGCGGCCUGCGCUAAUUACACCCAACACCCACCAGUGUCCGUGUCUCCCGCCCCCGGGCCCGCAGGCGUGUGUGUGGGGGCUCUCGCCCCGAUGAGGGCCCCGCGCCCGUGAGCGAGUUACCGCAAGGGCGGGCUGCAGAGAAAGCAGGCGGCGGGCGGACGCCCGGGCCUAGGCCGCGCGGCCUACGCGGAGGUCGGCGCAGAGGAACUAUGGAGGCCGCGCCCGGGACCCCCCCGCCGCCGCCAUCAGAGUCGCCGCCGCCGCCAUCGCCGCCGCCGCCAUCAACGCCUUCGUCUCCUCCGUGUUCCCCCGAUGCCCGCCCGGCCACCCCGCACCUCCUCCACCACCGCCUCCCGCUCCCUGACGACAGGGAAGAUGGUGAGUUGGAGGAAGGUGAACUGGAAGAUGAUGGGGCUGAGGAGACCCAAGACACCCCCGGAGGGCCUGAGAGGAGCCGGAAGGAAAAGGGGGAAAAGCACCAUAGUGACUCGGACGAGGAGAAGUCUCACAGGAGACUGAAGCGGAAGCGGAAGAAAGAGCGGGAGAAGGAGAAGCGGAGGUCGAAAAAGAGGAGGAAAUCCAAGCACAAACGCCAUGCUUCUUCCAGCGAUGAUUUCUCUGACUUCUCAGACGACUCAGAUUUCAGCCCCAGUGAGAAGGGGCACCGCAAGUACCGGGAGUACAGCCCCCCGUAUGCACCUUCCCACCAGCAAUACCCCCCAUCGCACAACACGCCCCUGCCCAAAAAAGCCUACUCCAAGAUGGACAGCAAGGGCUACGGCAUGUACGAAGACUAUGAGAAUGAGCAGUACGGGGAGUAUGAAGGGGACGAGGAGGAGGACAUGGGCAAGGAGGACUACGACGACUUCACCAAAGAGCUGAACCAGUACCGGCGUGCCAAGGAGGGCAGCAGCCGGGGUCGAGGUAGCCGAGGCCGGGGCAGGGGCUACAGGGGCCGAGGAAGCCGUGGAGGAUCCCGAGGCCGAGGCAUGGGCAGGGGCAGCCGAGGCCGGGGCAGAGGCUCUGUGGGAGACCACGCGGAGGACGAAGAGGACUUCUACGAGGAGGAGAUGGAAUAUGGGGAAAGUGAGGAGCCGAUGGGCGAUGACGACUACGACGAGUACUCCAAGGAGCUGAACCAGUACCGCAGGUCCAAGGACAGCCGAGGCCGAGGGUUGAGUCGAGGCCGGGGCCGGGGUUCCCGAGGCAGAGGGAAAGGCAUGGGCCGGGGCCGUGGUCGAGGUGGAAGCCGUGGAGGGAUGAACAAGGGCGGAAUGAACGAUGAUGAGGACUUCUAUGAUGACGACAUGGGCGAUGGUGGUGGGGGAAGCUACCGCAGGGGUGACCAUGACAAACCUCACCAGCAGUCUGACAAGAAAGGCAAAGUCAUCUGCAAAUACUUCGUGGAAGGGCGGUGCACAUGGGGAGACCACUGUAAUUUCAGCCACGACAUUGAACUGCCAAAGAAGCGAGAGCUGUGCAAGUUCUACAUCACUGGAUUCUGUGCCAGAGCGGAAAACUGCCCCUACAUGCACGGUGAUUUUCCAUGUAAGUUAUACCACACCACUGGGAACUGCAUCAAUGGUGACGACUGCAUGUUCUCCCAUGACCCUCUGACUGAAGAGACGAGAGAGCUCCUGGAUAAGAUGUUGGCUGAUGAUGCGGAAGCCGGUGCCGAGGACGAGAAGGAAGUUGAGGAGCUGAAGAAGCAGGGCAUCAACCCGUUGCCCAAACCGCCCCCCGGCGUGGGCCUCCUGCCCACCCCGCCUCGGCCCCCCGGCCCCCAGGCCCCUACCUCUCCCAAUGGCAGGCCCAUGCAGGGUGGACCCCCACCCCCACCCCCUCCCCCUCCCCCUCCCCCUGGGCCCCCUCAGAUGCCCAUGCCAGUGCACGAGCCACUGUCCCCGCAGCAGCUGCAGCAGCAGCAGGACAUGUACAACAAGAAGAUCCCUUCCUUGUUUGAGAUUGUGGUGCGGCCCACAGGACAGCUGGCUGAGAAGCUGGGUGUGAGGUUCCCUGGACCUGGUGGACCCCCAGGGCCAAUGGGUCCUGGUCCCAACAUGGGGCCCCCAGGACCAAUGGGGGGCCCUAUGCACCCUGACAUGCAUCCAGACAUGCACCCGGACAUGCACCCCGACAUGCACCCGGACAUGCACCCGGAUAUGCCGAUGGGCCCUGGCAUGAACCCUGGCCCACCCAUGGGUCCUGGAGGCCCCCCGAUGAUACCAUAUGGUCCUGGAGACUCCCCUCAUUCUGGAAUGAUGCCCCCCAUCCCGCCAGCCCAGAACUUCUAUGAAAACUUCUACCAGCAGCAAGAGGGCAUGGAGAUGGAGCCAGGUCUGCUCGGGGACACAGAGGACUACGGGCACUACGAAGAGCUGCCGGGGCAGCCUGGGGAGCCCCUCUUCCCCGAGCACCCUCUGGAGCCUGACAGCUUCUCUGAGGGAGGGCCCCCAGGUCGGCCGAAGCCGGGCGCCGGUGUCCCCGACUUCCUGCCCUCGGCCCAGAGGGCCCUGUACCUGAGGAUCCAGCAGAAGCAGCAGGAGGAGGAGGAGAGAGCAAGGAGGCUGGCUGAGAGCAGCAAGCAGGACCGGGAGAAUGAGGAAGGUGACACCGGAAACUGGUACUCAAGCGACGAGGAUGAGGGUGGGAGCAGCGUCACCUCCAUUCUCAAGACCCUGAGGCAGCAGACGUCCAGCCGACCCCAGGCUUCCGUCGGGGAGCUGAGCAGCAGUGGGCUGGGGGACCCCCGCCUCCAGAAGGGACACGCCUCAGGAGGCCGGUUGUCUGACCCCCGCCUCAGCCGGGACCCCAGACUCUCCCGUCAUGCCGAGGCUUCUGGCGGGUCAGGCCCAGGGGACUCUGGACCCUCUGAUCCUCGCCUGGCUCGCUCCCUGCCCACCUCCAAGCCUGAAGGCAGCCUUCAUUCCAGCCCAGCUGGCCCCAGCAGCUCCAAGGGGUCCGGGCCAACCCCUACAGAAGAGGAGGACGGGGAGCGGGCCCUGCGGGAGAAGGCUGUGAACAUUCCCCUGGAUCCCCUCCCUGGGCACCCGCUGCGGGAUCCGCGAUCGCAGCUGCAGCAGUUCAGCCACAUCAAGAAGGACGUGACCCUGAGCAAGCCGAGCUUUGCCCGCACUGUGCUUUGGAACCCCGAGGACCUGAUCCCUCUGCCCAUCCCCAAGCAGGAUGUGGUACCCCCUGUGCCCGCCGCCCUGCAGUCCAUGCCUGCCUUGGACCCCAGACUGCACCGCUCCACCCCUGCAGGGCCCCCCAGUGCUCGGCAGCGCUCAGGCACCUCCACAGACCCCAGCACAUCUGGCUCUAACCUGCCCGACUUUGAACUCCUUUCUCGCAUUCUCAAGACUGUCAAUGCUACUGGUCCCUCAGCGGCCGCCAGCCCGAGUGACAAGCCCAGUGACCCCAGGGUGCGGAAGGCCCCCAGUGACCCUCGACUGCAGAAAACUGCGGACUCCGCGGCCUCCUCCCGCACUGCCAAGCCCAGCCCCACAGAAGCACCCUCUCCAGCGGUCAGUCCCAGUGGGGAGUCCUCCCCACCAGCCACGGCUCCUUAUGACCCCCGAGUGCUGGCAGCUGGAGGGCUGGGCCAGGGCAGCGGGAGCGGGCAGAGCAGUGUGCUGAGUGGCAUCAGCCUCUACGACCCGAGGACUCCCAACGCGGGUGGCAAAGCCACAGAGCCAGCCACUGACGCAGGUGCCCAGCCCAAGGGCCCCGAGGGCAACGGCAAGAGUGCGGCCUCCAAGACCAAGGAGCCCCCAUUUGUCCGCAAGUCUGCCCUGGAACAGCCAGAAACGGGAAAAACCAGUGCAGACGGAGGCGCUGCCGCAGCCACGGACAGGUACAACAGUUACAACCGGCCGCGGCCCAAGGCUGCCACCGCCCCCGCCACCGCCACCGCCACCCCACCACCAGAGGGCACCCCACCUCAGCCCGGGGUGCACAACCUCCCUGUGCCCACCCUCUUCGGGACUGUGAAGCCGGCCCCCAAGACAGGCUCGGGAAGCCCAUUUGCUGGCAAUAGCCCGGCCCGCGAGGGCGAGCAGGACGCAGGGUCCCUGAAAGAUGUUUUUAAAGGCUUCGACCCCACUGCCUCUCCCUUUUGCCAGUAGUGUUAAGCUGGAGCCAGCGUCCCUACGCCACCCCUUCCCAGGGUGAUAUUUAAGGGCAGCGACCGGAGUUGGGAUUCUGGGCGGAGGGUGGGAUCUGGGUGUUUUUUUUUUUCCCCCUUUUCCUUUUUUUUUUUUUUUUUCUAAUGUAGUAAUUUCUUUGAGACAUAAAUUGUAUAUAACCAUCUUCAGUUCUGGUCAGUGCUGCAGGGCUCCUGGGCUCCCCUGAGAACAUCGGCUCCCGAGUGGGAGCAGCUGUGACCACGCCUGAGCCCCGCGAGACUGGGCCUCCGCCCGAGGCAGGGGCCUGUCUGCUGCCUGGGGGGCCAGUGGGUCUUCUGGAAAGCUUGAUGUCCCCCUGGACAGGGAACAGGAGGUGUCUGAGAAGGCACUGAAGGGCACUCAUGCCACACUCCUGGGCAAGAAGAGAUGGACCAGGUCUCUGCAGGCCUGUGGGCAAACAGGUCAGGGUGCUUCUAGAACCCAGCACGUACUUCCUGUCAAGUCUCAGCAUGCGUCCUGAGACAGCCCACCUCAGGAGAAGGUGGAAAAGUACCAAGGCGAGCAAGGUCUCGGUGGCAUCCUGGGUAUCCUGGCCCUGGCCCACUCCUGUCUCUGAAUACGCACUUGGGGCCCCCUCUGCACCCUCCGUCCAGAAUUCUGAAAAUCGACACCCUCCAGCCUGUGCGGAGACUCCAGGGCGGUAGAUGGACCUGGAGGCAGCAGGGGCUGGUGGGGGGCAGUGGCCCCUGAAGCACUGCCCCCAGGAGGAAGCCCCCCUUUGGAGUGUCUUUUCCGUCAGUAUUACCUGCCUGUCCCCCUAGCCAGGGUCCUCAGAAGCCACAGCACCCAGUGUGCCUGCACUGCCAGCCCUGCCCCCUGGAGGCAGCUCAAGGAUCCGUGGUAUGGCCACUCCGCCAGGCUCCGAGUGAGGGAGUCCUGGGGUGGCUCUUGGGCACAGUGUUUCUGUCUCUGCUCUCUUCGCUCCUCCUCAAGCUGUGUUAUCUGUAGGGCACGAGGUGCUGGUGUGUUUGGUUUUCCUCUCCCAAGCCGACAAAGUGCAUUCAGAGGCUGUCACGGUGUUGGAUUUGUGGCCACUUCCUGAAAGGGGUCCUGAGGAGAAGGGCAGGAGGCUGUAGCUGGGGUGGGGAGGGGGUGCCCUGGGCCCUGUCCAUGAGAGGGACCAGGACCCCACUGUGGGGGGACCAAGGCAUCUGUCUGAGCUAGGACAGCAAAAAUGUCUGCACUGGCCUCUUCCCCAGCUGGCCUGCCCUACUCUGGCCUGUCCUCAGAGCCUGGGUGCCAACCUGUGAGCAUGUCCGAGAGGCUGGCUCGGGGAAUGGCAGACCUGCAGGUCCUGCCUGUCCGAGGUCUGGUGACUCUGGCCCUGCUCACCUUUACUCCUGGUGCCAGCCCCUUGGCUGCCCUGCUGUUCAUGAGACCCAGUCACCCAGCCGGAGGCUCUCCCGCCCCUUCCUGGUAGGAGGCGUGCAGGUCCCAUCCCACACCACCCAAAGGUGAAAAAUGAAUUGCUGAUUUGGGGCCAGAAGCCAGUGUGGGAGAGACCAGGCACCCUGCUGGACCCACAGCCCUGUGGUCAGUUGGUUUGGUUCCUCCUCUUGUCUUUUUGUUUUGUUUUUUAAAAACAAUCAUUAAUGAGAUUUGUCUUCAGCUACCAGUGUUGGCCACCAAGAAAGGGCUGUGGCCACGGUGUGUGUAGAAGUAAGGAUACAGACAGUGUGGCAGUGUUUUGGUUUUUAUGUUUUUUUUUUUUUUUUCUCCUUUGAGAAUUUUCUUUUGUAAAGAAAAAUUAAAUGCUUUUUAAAACCGAAAUCUGUGGAUGAAAUAGAAGCUGGAACCCUCCUCUUGGAAUAUGCAGCCUAAGACCCUCCUGGGCUGUGAAUUCACCCGGAACUUCCACUUGCCGUCAGGCCGAGCUUUUAAAGAAAGAUUGUUCUCUAACCAGGAUUGUAACAAAAGUGUAAAUACUAUUUCAGAGUUGAAAGUUGAUGGUGCAAAUAUGUAUAUAAUGUACUGUAUUUUUACAAUGAUCGUCGCAUGACUUUAUCUUGCCCCCUUUUGUACUCCGUAUCUGUCUUCCAGAAACCUCACCUGUCUUUUCUCCUGUGGUCUCUUAAUCCAAUAAUUGUAUUACUGCCAUUAAAGGAUGCAGUUAUUU